CUGGCAUAAUACUUGUACAGACAGGAGAGCUGAAGCUUGAGGCAUUUCUUUUGUAGGACUCUCUCGGAAUGGCAAGCUGCGCUGUUACCCUGGAAACAUCGAUUUAAAGAGAAUGUCUGAGCAGGCUAUAUGCUGCACCCUGGUGAGCUGCUCCUGUGAGAGUUUUAAACCUGGGAAGCUGAGACGACGACAGUGCGAGCACUGCAAACACGGAUGGGUAGCACACGCUCUAAGUAAGCUGAAGGUUCAGCACCUGUACCAGGGGGGCCAGGUGGAGAUAGUGCACUCCAGCGUGGUGUUUGACAUCUGCAGCCUGAUGUUGUACGGCACACAGGCCGUCCCGGUGAGGCUGAAGAUCCUGCUGGACCGGCUCUUCAGCGUGCUUAAGCAGGAGGAGGUGGUCCAGAUCCUCAAUGCCCUCGACUGGACACUGCAGGACUACAUCCGAGGAUACGUCCUGCAGGACGUCACUGGCAGGGUUCUGGACCGCUGGGUGAUUAUGACCCUGGAGGAAGAGAUGGCAGCCCUGCAGCAGUUCCUGCGCUUUGGGGAGACCAAGUCGAUCGUGGAGCUGAUGGCCGUGCAGGACAAGGAGAGCCAGGCGGUGCUGGUGCCCAGCAGCAGGACCAGCUCUGGCAUCCGGGCGUUCAUCGAGAGCAGCGGCCAGCACGGCAUCGAGCCCCCGCUCGGCCCUCCAGCCUCCAGCAGCAUCCACCACUUUGAGAACCUCAUCAGCAGCAUGGCCUUCCUGCUGCCCUUCCAGUACCUGAGCUCGCUCCCCGCCCCCCUGCUGGGCUCCACGCCUGGGUCAUUCCUGCCCGGCGCCCACACCCCCAUCCCCACACUCUCUGCCGAGACCGGCCUGGUGGGCUCGAGCUCCACCACGUUUGACUCGGACGCGGAGAAGAGCACCAAAGUCCUGGGUGCCGCUACGCCCAAAAUGGAGGCCGAGGAUAUCCCUGCCAGCGACGCGUACUCGGACGCCCCCUCCACGCCCUCCAUGACCUCCGACUUCAUGCAGACGUCCCCCGAGGGGAAGCACCACCCGUCAGAGCAGGGCGGGGCCCCCGGGGGAGGGGCAGGAGCGGGCCUGAAGAAGGGCCGGGUCUUCUGCAGCGCCUGUGAGAAGACGUUCUACGACAAGGGCACGCUGAAGAUCCACUACAACGCCGUGCACCUGAAGAUCAAGCACCGCUGCACCGUGCAGGGCUGCAACAUGGUGUUCAGCUCCCUGCGCAGCCGAAACCGGCACAGCGCCAACCCCAACCCCCGGCUGCACCUGCCCAUGAACCGCGGCGGGCGCGAGCGGGAGGCGCCCCCGGCCCCCUACAGCGAGGGCGAGGAGGAGAGCCCGGAGAGCCAGGAGGCCCAGGAGAGCCGGCCCGUCUCCAGCUACGUGGUGAGCAGCUCGGACUGCAGGCUGCAGAGCGCCUUCCCCACGACCGGCCACAACGGCGUCCUCUUCCCCAACCUGAAGACGGUGCAGCCCGUCCUGCCCUUCUACCGCAGCCUGGUCACGCCCGCCGAGCUGGCCCACACGCCCGGGGCGCCGCCCUCCCUGCCCCUCAUCUCCUCCUCCUCCGUGCCGGCCCACAGCGGCCUGAGGACCGUCGACCCCGGCUCCGAUCCCGUCUCCGACCCCGUGCCCAAGAAGAAGUCCCGCAAGUCCAGCAUGCCGGUGAAGAUCGAGACGGAGGCGGUGGAGCCGGCUGUGGAGAGCCUGUCGGGUCUCUCGCCCUCGCCCGCGCUGGGGCCUGCGGAGCAGCCGGACAGCAGCGGGGCUGCGUGUGAGAAGCCGGAGCCCUGCUACCAGGACUGCACUGAGCUGCGCGGCCACCAGGACCCGGGGCCCAGGACCCAGCAGGCACAGGAGGGGGGCGUGAUCACCAGCACGUCUCCCCAGGACCUCAGAUUAAUCGAGCACCACAGCCUGGUCAGCGACGGUGCUGUCCCUCCCCUGGAGAACGGAGCACAGCCCUGCGAAACAGACGCCCGGGGGCAGGACUACAGCACUGCCAACGGUGGCCUGUUCAGGAGACUGACAUUCAGGGGCUCCCCCAAAACCGGUGACAGAGACGACCCCUCCCCUAACAUACAGCCCCCGUCUGUUCACUCUGAUGGAGGGGAGAUCUUGCCCCACCCUCACAGCAAUAGGACCCAUUACUGUAGCCCCCACGAGGUACAGGGAAGCACUGGGGCCGGGUGCAACACUACAUUUCCCAUCAGCAGGAGCAGAGACAGGUAUAGCGCAAGCUUCAGCGGACACCCCUGUGGGGCCUCGGACAGCGUCGGCCCCGUCCCCACCGUCUGCAGUGACACGCCCGCAGGCCUUCCUCAGGCCCUGCCCCUGACUCAGCAGUCUGUGAUCUUUAAAGGACACCACAGAAUGGGUCUGGUGCACCCACUGAGCACAGAGCAGGACAGCAUGGCGGGGCCUGCAGUGGAGGAGGAGGAAGAGGAGGAGGACCAGGAGGCAGUGCUGGAUCUGAGUGCCACGUCCGCCAGCCAAUCAGAGCGCCACGCGCGGCCGCCCUGGGACUCGGACGGCGACAGCGAAGCGGGCGGGGCCGGGGAGGACAGCAACGACAGCCAGGAGGGGGCGGACCUGCCGCUGAGGGAAGGGCUCAGCCCAAACCUGGGCGACAGCCCCGGGACCCGGCCGGGUGACGCGCCCAUCACCUGCCCCGCCUGCCACAAGGCCUACAGCAACAAGAGCACCUUCAGAGCACACUACAAAACCGUGCACCUCAGACUGCUCCACAAGUGCAAAGUACCCGGGUGCAGCACCUCCUUCUCCUCCGUGAGGAGCAGGAACCGGCACAGCCAGAACCCCAACCUGCACCGCAACCUGAGCGCGACCACGACCGCAGCGCACCGCUCGCCACAGCGAGAGCAGCCCUCCCACAGUGUGCAGGGCUUACUUGCAUGAAACGCACGCCGUUAAAGGCAGGACCCGCCUCACUUACACACAGGAAAUAAAUGAUUUAACUGCAUGAACCGCAUUAACUAUAUGGACCAAACUGCACAUAUCACAUGUGCUACAGUCAUCCAUGCGACAGGUUAUGUCUAUUAGGGGCUCUUCCCCGAAGUGUUUCACUCAAUGGGACAUGAGACAAGGUUUAAUCCCUUUAAAGGAAGUACAGUUAUGAUGCCUGGCAAACCGAUUUACAUUUGGCUGCAUUUUCAAGUAAUUAUCAAAAUGAAACCAAGUUAUGGGUGCAGGAAUUCAGUGAAACAUGGAAAUUUGACAAAAAAACUGAAAAUUCUACUUUUUUCUGUCAGUUUUCCAGCAUGGUUAUGGAGCAUUCAGUUAUUCUUGAAAGAGACUGCAAGGAAUACUCAGGCCUGGUUUCUUUUAUCAAUGUACUUCUAACUUUGGAAAUUUGUAUGGGAGAAAAAACAAGGAUUUUAUCCAUAAAUGUAAUUUGCAUGCGUUAUAAACCUAUCCUUUAACGAUUCACAUCUGAACAUGUGAUACCAGCACCCCGUCCUCUCCCUCAUCCUCAUAUCUGCAUACAUGAUGGUCAGAAGAUUGAAUAACCUUUCUGGUGUAGAUCCAACACUAUACCAUAUCACACCACAAUACAUUAGAGGCAUGUUCUUCACUGUUUGACCUGCAUUUCAAACAUCAGAAGCUUCUAGAACAGUAGUCCUGUAACUGAUGUCCCCUGGCUGAGUGAGCUAUAGCUAGAUAUUCUCUCUUGUAUCCAUCCCCUUAUGGUAAUGGAAUGUGUACAUUGGAAAUAUGUGAAAUUAUAGAAAAUAUAUUUCACUUAAGUACAAUAUAUUGCAAUAGCACUCAUACAGUCAAGUGAGCACUUUAUUAGGUAUUUCAGACUUAUUUGUAUUCUGCUGCUGGAGCCUAUUCACUUAGAGGGUUGACACAUUGUGUUUUCAGAGAUGCUGUUCUGCAUAUCACGGUUGUAAUGUGUGCUUAUUUGCAUUACUGUCACUUUCCUGUCAGCUUUGACCAGUCUGGCCCUUCUCCUCUGACCUCUCAUUAUCAGCGUGUUUCUGCCUGCAGAACUGCUGCUCACUGGAUGUUUUUUUGUUUUUCGUGCCAUUUGCACCAUUCUCUGCAAUUGUGCGUGAAAAUCCCAGGAGACAUUUCUGAGGUACUGACAUUCUACAUUCAAAGUCACUUAGAUCAUAUUCUGACAUUUGGUCUGAAAAACGCCUGAACCUCAUGACCACGUCUGAAUCCUUUUAUGCAUUUAGUUGCUGCCACAUCAUUGGCUGAUUAAAUAUUUGCAUUAACAAGCUGGUGUACCUAAUGAAGUGGCCACUGAGUGUACAUUUGCUAAUGUAUUGUAAUUUGUUACAAUAUAUUGAUCAUGAUUAUUGCAAAAUAUUUUCAAAUAUAUUCCAUUUCCAUUAGAAUAUUGCUUCUACUUUUUGAUUUUGCCAUUUUGGAAGGUUACAUUUGACCAAAGAUGUGUCUUUUCUGAGAUGUGUAAAAGACAUUCUCAUUAGAGGUAAGGAGUAUUCUACUUUUGCUGUUUGCAAUGCCACUGAAAACCAUGUUGUGGCAAAUGUCAGUGUUUGGACUUGGAUCUGUUCCAGCAAUGAACUGUAAAUUAAUUUAAAGAAUUAUAUUUUUUUCUAUGUUUUUUUAUAAACAAGUAAAUAUGAGAAUUAUAGAUGUUAGCAUGCUUAAUGUUUCAAGCACUAAAUAUGUUUUUCCUUAGUAAAUGAAUAACAAAGAUUUAGUGUUUUACAAAGAGUUCAAUCUGUGCUACAAUACCCUGUAUUGACUGUUGUUGGAAUCCAAACCUAACAUGGUGGUCUACAAUUGUGAUAUCCAUGUCAGAGUGGAUGCUACUGUAUUAACAUGCUACUAUACAAAGGUUUAACACUGAUCAUAACAACAGUCAUUGAAAAUCUAUAGCCACAACAUAUCUACAGUUGUAAUAUGCUGUAUACAGUGUUGAAUGGUGUGCAGGAAUUGCAUACAGUCACAUAAUUAUUAUAGUAUCUAUGUGACUUUCAACAUACUGAAGAGGGAAUUCCAUCACUCACCAGUCUACGAGUCAGAUCAAGUUUCCAUGCCUCAAUUUCCCAAGCAUUACUCUGCAGGACAAGACUGUCACAUUAUUUAUGUGAUGUCUGCAUACUAAUGUUGAAUUUGGUACCCGAAUGACCUGCAGUACAUACUGUGCAUUUAGUGUACAUUUUGUGACCAGAAUAAUGUAUAACCUGAAAGAAACCAAAAACUCUUCUACAUCUACAAGCUCUCAGUUUCAAGCGAUAAAUUAUUUUGCUCUAGCUCUUGGUGGUUUCACUUUUUUUCCUAUACUCGGCAAUGUUAACAUGCCUGACUUGAAUAAAUGUACAGGGAUAAACAAACAUUAUUUUGUUCAAUAAGGUUUUGGAAAGAGCAAAAAAUAAGAUAAGCAUUUUGAUUCAUGAAUAACAUUCAUUCCAUUUAAAUAAACUAAUCCUCUGCAUGGAUUCACUUGGUUUCAAACUCAAUUCCAUUUUAGAAUCAUCCUUUGCAAAAAAUGUUUUAUAUGCACAAAAUAUGUUUAAAAG